CAGAACUAUGGUACUGCCAGCGGGCAUCUCAGCAGACACCUCUGCUCUUCUGACGUAGGAUAUCAGACACAGCAGCAGCUAUAGACUAGUUAUCGAAGACUGUUCUUAACGUUAGUGUGACUGUCAGGUACAGUGAACUAGAGAGCAGCCAUGGACACCGUCCACGCCUAUGGAGUUAGCGCCACACGAUACCUCCAGACUCACUACAGGGACACUCAGAGCUGGUUCCUAUUUGUUUCCAUGGUAGCUGACCUGCGGAACACCCUCUUUGUUUUCUUCCCUGUGUGUUUCCACCUGCGGGAAUCAGUGGGGGUCAAGCUGGUCUGGGUGGCUGUGGUGGGAGACUGGCUCAACCUUAUCUUCAAAUGAAUCCUGUUUGGCGAGCGUCCCUAUUGGUGGGUUCAAGAGACUCCUUACUAUGGCAACUCAUCAGCGCCACAAAUUGGGCAGUUCCCUAUGACCUGUGAGACUAGUCCAGGAAGUCCGUCGGGUCAUGCCAUGAGUGCUGCAGGGGUUUACUACGCUAUGAUCUCAUCACUCCUCGCCAUCCUCCUCAAGGAACACGGGGGUCACAUCAAGAACUGGUGUGUCCACGGGACCCUGUGGGCUGUCUUCUGGUGUGUGCAAGUGUGUGUCUGUCUCUCCAGGGUUUUCAUCACUGCCCACUUCCCUCACCAGGUUGUCGCUGGGGUCGUCACAGGCAUCCUAGUGGCGGAGACCUUUGACCGGGUCCACUGGAUCUACAGGGCUAGCCUGAGGCGCUACGUCUACACCACCCUCUCCCUGCUCUCCUUCGCUGUGGGCCUUUACCUGGUCCUCAGGGGCCUGGGGGUGGACCUGCUCUGGACCCUGGACAAGGCCCAGCGCUGGUGCCUGCAGCCCUAAUGGGUCCACAUAGACACUACACCCUUCGCCAGCCUCCUGCGCAACACCGGCACUCUGUUAGGCCUGGGCUUGGGCUUGCACUCGCCCCUCUACGGCGAGGCCCGGAGAGUAGGCGGUGGUGCCACAUAUAGGCUGGCAUGCGUGGGCGCCACACUGCUGCUGCUCCACCUACUGGACUCAUUCAGGCCACCAGCCCACACCAGGGCUCUGUUCUACCUGCUGUCCUUCUGUAAGAGUGCCACUGUGGGCAUAGUGCCCUACUGCGUGGCCGAGGCAGCGGGACGGAACGGAAAGAAACACCAGGGCUCUGUUCUACCUGCUGUCCUUCUGUAAGAGUGCCACUGUGGGCAUAGU